AUGUUACAAAUUGAAAAGAAUAACCUUUUGAUUGAAAAGACCUUAACGGAGAGAAUCUUUCCGAGUGCAGAUGCUCCAUUGAAAUCUUUAGACAGAAUCAUCAGUGAUUUUGAUUUUACCAAUUACCAUAUUUCCACCUUCCCAGACGAUAAGGAAAUUUUGUUAAUCUCCAUAUUCUUGCAAUGUUGGGAUGACUUGAUCAAGUAUGGCGUGUCGGAAUACUUGAAGUCCAAGUACUCGAAAUACUCAGAAUACUUGACCAUUUUGGGUCCAUCGGACAUUGAAGUUGGAUAUAAUUAUUCGUUUGCGUUGAACACCAAAACUUUGAAGGAAGCGCCAGAAGAAACGAAAAACGAAUUGAUCAACGAAUUAUCAUUGUUGAAGAGACAUUCCAUUGCUUCCGCAUUUGAGACUGCUUUUGGACGUUAUGAUGAACUAUCACAAGAAUACUCAAACACAAACACAUACUCUGAAGAGGUGCAGGCUGAGUUGGCAAAGGAGCCAAUUUUGGUCGUAAAGUUCCGUGGAGAAGAAGAAUGUAUCUACAUUAAGCCAUCAUUUGAUAGAGUAACUGUGAUCUUCUCAACCAUAUUUAAGGAUGAAACAGACAAAAUAUUUGGAAAAGUUUUCUUGCAAGAAUUCGUUGAUGCAAGAAAAAGAUCAGUGCAGACUGCACCACAAGUGUUGUACACACAUAAGGAGGCGCCAUUGGAUAUCCAGAGCGUAGUUAAGACUCGCCAGGAUAACGAAAACAAGGGUUACGUCACCUUUGUGUUAUUCCCUAGGCAUUUAGCCAGAGGUGACAGCAGAGAAAACUGUAUUUCCCACAUUCAAUUCUUCAGAAAUUACUUUCACUAUCACAUCAAAUGUGCGAAGGCAUACAUGCAUUCGAGAAUGAGAUUCAGAGUCAAGGAGUUUUUGAAAGUGUUGAACAGGGCGAAGCCGGAGAAUGUAGAUGACGAUGGAAAAGCAGUUGAAAACAGGAAAACCGCCAGUGGCAGAAGGUUUGAAGCUGGACGUGCUUGA